AAGAAUGCAGUGACGUGGUGGAGCUCCGUUAGUGUAGCGGUGUCUGACAGACAGCUUCCCCGGGCCAGCAGCUGCCCUGCCCGGCUCAGACAUCCGACAAGGGCUCGGUCCAAGACGGAGCGGAGGAAAGAUUGAGAAGGAAAAACAAGAAGGGGUGGACUAGAAAACCGAAGCAGAGUAGGGGUUCGGAGUCUGCGCUGCAUCGUGAAGUACCAGCCGCACUCCUGCUGCUCCGUCGCCGCUGCUCUGCCAUCCUUCCAGCGGAUCGCUUCUCUGGAUAAACGUGCGCGGAUGCUGUGGUCUUUUUCCUCGUUUGCAUUAAAUAGCACCUCUGGAGAAGAGCGGGAUGAACUUGGAUAAGAUCAGGGAACAACAGUGAAAGAGGGGAGAGAGAAAAAAUACCCCUGAAGUAGUGAGGUAGAGGGAGCGGUGUAGCGGACACAAGGAGCGGGAGAGGGAGGAGAGGAGGAGUCGCAGCAGGAGGAGAACCAAAAAGCUGCAGGUUUGUUGAGCCUGUGGGGAUGAGGACGAGCAGGGACGGAACGCUUCCAAGGUGUCAGCGCGAUUAGGGGAACAGGAUCGGGAGGGGAAGCAGGCGUUAAACCCCGGGUUGCUUCCAGUCCGGGGAGGCGGUGAUGGCGAGUGAAGGUACCGGGGCUCACACACUCCCUCGGCCGACCGCAGCCCUGUCAGCAGCCGCAGCAGCAGCAUGAGGAGGAGGAGAUUAGAGAGAGCAAACGCAGAGGAGGUGACCCUUAUCAUAUCCUGAAGGAGAUGAGACAUAGAGCAUGACCCUGUGUUUGUCUACAGUGCCAAAGAAGAGCCAGGGAGAAGCCUCCCUGGCCAGAGAAUCGCCGCCUUCCUAGCUCCAUCGGGAGCUUUUUUAGCCUGCUUUAAGCUGCACUUUGGGGCUCAAAUGUUCUCCUGACUCCACCAGGAGGCUCUCUCCAACCCAUCUGCCAGCUCAGAUAACCCUCUGAUUGUUGGCAACCACAUGUUUGAGGUGACUGUAUGUGACCGCCGCCGCCCAUUCUCGAGCAGCAGCAGCCUCCUGCGACCCCGAUCUGCACCAUGCAGUGGAGACGGCGGCACUGCUGUCCCAUCAAGAUGACCUGGACCGUCAAGCGCUCACUGUUUCGGACCCAUGUGACUGGCCUCCUCUCACUGGCUCUGCUCUUCACUCUCUUUUUAUUUUUCAGCCACCAGGACUGGCUGCCAGGACGCAGUGGGCCUCGUGAAAACCCCCUGGCCUAUGCUGUCAGGGGCUUCCGCACUCCCAAGGGAGAAUCCAACCAGAGCAGCUCCCUGAGGAGCCUGUGGAGGGAGGCAGGGUAUGUGCCACCAAAGCCUCUGCUCAACCUCAGCUCUCAGCAAGCGGAGGGUGCAGCAGGAGAGGCAACAGGAGGAAUAGGAGGAGGUGGAGGAGGAUCCAGGACUGGUGUAAUGGGGCUGGGGGACUCCAUGAGCACUAACAAUAGUUUACAGAAGGAGAUGGGUGUAGGAGGGAAGCUCAGCGCUCAGCCCUACCGCUACAUCCUGAACGAGCCCUUCAAGUGCAGGGACAGCACACCCUUCCUCAUCCUCCUCAUUGCUGCAGAACCAGGACAGGCUGAUGCCCGCAAUGCAAUCCGCCAGACAUGGGGAAAUGAGAGUGUAGCAAUGGGCUUGGGGUUUGUCCGUCUGUUUCUGCUCGGCACAGGAACGACUUCAGACACCGUCCUCCAGAGCAGCAUAGAGGAAGAGAGCCGUGUUUAUCAUGAUAUCAUCCAACAGGACUAUCGGGACACUUACUACAACCUGACCGUCAAGACCCUGAUGGGCAUGAACUGGGUGGCCACCUAUUGCCCACAUGCCUCCUAUGUGAUGAAGACAGACAGUGACAUGUUUGUCAAUACAGAGUAUCUCAUCCAGAAGUUACUGAAACCUGAGAUGCCUCCAAAGCAGAGGUACUUCACCGGCUACCUGAUGAGGGGCUAUGCACCAAACCGAAACAAGGACAGCAAGUGGUACAUGCCACCAGAGCUGUAUCCAAGCGAGCGCUACCCAAUAUUCUGCUCAGGCACAGGAUACGUGUUCUCAGGGGACAUGGCCGAGCUGAUCUAUCAGGCCUCACUCAGCAUACGCAGGCUUCACCUGGAAGAUGUUUAUGUGGGGAUCUGCCUGGCGAAGCUGCGCAUUGACCCAGCUCCACCUCCCAAUGAGUUCCUCUUUAACCAUUGGCGGGUAUCUUACUCCAGUUGUAAGUACAGCCACUUGAUCACAUCCCAUCAAUUCCAUCCUAAUGAACUCAUCAAGUACUGGAACCACUUACAGAGCAACAAGCACAACGCCUGUAUCAACAUAGCCAAGGAAAAGAAUGGCAGGUAUAGACACCGAAAGUUCCAUGGAGAGAGGCCUCCAUGAUGGACCCUGUGACUACAACCUGCCUCAAAAAAGGGAAACUGGUCCACUGUAACUACUGCUGGUGGAGGGCAUGUUGAACUCAGCACUAUACACUAUAUGGGGAAAAGCACAUUGUUUUUGGUAUUGUGUACAGUCAAUGAUCCAAACUAUUUUUUUAGUUCUAAAAAAUGUGAAGUAUUGUAAACCUAUUGAGCUAUUUCUAAAAGGGAGAAUGGGGGACAUGUCUGUGUGAUGUGGAGCAUGCACAACAAGAGCUGCAGCUCAACAGUGGUGUUCAUGAUAAUUCAGGUGCCAACAGAAAAGUGAGAAUUUGUGUUCUCCACUAAAGGGUAGUACAGCGUGUCACACUCUAGGAAUAAUAUUUUAAAAAAUGAAAAAUUAAGACACAGUUGUGUUUACACAGACAGAGACAAAUGUCCAUGUAAUAUGUUGAAAAGUUACACUACCUAAAUAUGAAUGAAUGAUGAAUCUUUGACAUUGACCAGUUAUGCUGCCCUGUUUCUCAGUGUUUACUUUACAGAUCUAUCAAAGAACACUGCUCUGAAGAGGUUUAUCUGUCAUAUACUGUAUUUUAUUUAAAAAAAAAAUCUACAUAAAAGCACCCAGAAUCACAUCUGAGAUGACUGAGAUUGUAUUUUUUAAAGCUUUACAUUGAGUAUGACUCUGCACUUGAGCAAAUGUGCAAUGAAUCAAAUAAUUAAAUGUCCUGAAAUCA